AUGGCAAAUCAAAUUGAUCCCACUUUAAAUACAGUGUUGGGAUACAUUGUCGAUGUAUUAUUGGCAUUGUCAAUUGCUGGUUCAUUCUUUACAGUGUUGACAUUUAUGUUAUUCCCCAAACUCAGAACCUAUCCAAUUAGAUUGAUUCUAUAUCUUUGCAUGUCCAUCUUUUUGGCACAACUCUUCUUUUACAUCUCUUUUGAAGCCUAUGACUCGAUCAUGUGUAUUCCAUCGGCACUCUUAUUGCAUUACUUUUUCCUUGCCGAUUUCGUUUGGACAUUUUGCGUUGCCUUUAACUUUUACCAAAUGAUUGUCAAGCGUAACAGAGAUGCCGAAUCAUUUGAAAAGUAUUAUCACAUGGCUUCAUGGGGUCUUCCACUCAUCUUUGUCAUUUUCAUUUCUGCCUUUAAGAAAUAUAUUAAUAGAGGUUAUUUCUGUUAUAUGGAAAAUCAAUUACCAAUCUUUUUGGGAUUCUUUGUACCAGGUUUAUUGGUAGUUUGUGCAAAUGCCGUCAUCUUUUUCUUUAUUGCCAGAGAAAUUCACGAUACUUUAAAGAACGCUCCACGUUCAGACAAGAAAGAGAAAUCAAAGGAAUUCAGAGUAUACUUUUCCAUUUUCGUAUCGAUUGGUCUCUCCUGGAUCUUUGGUUUCAUUAUGACUUUCUUCAAUGAUGGUGUUACUGAUGCUAUUUUCUUGGUUCUUUUCUCUAUUACCACUCCACUUCAAGGAUUUUUAAUCUUUAUUUCAUAUUGCUUAAAUGACAAGGUAUUGAGUAACUAUGCCAGACUCUUUGGUCGUGUUAUUCCAUUCUGUCGUAGAUGGGAACACUUGGGAUCUUCUACUCACAUCUCUUCUACCACUGGUUCCAACACUGGUUCGAGCAACAGUUCAAGAUCAGAUCGUUCGGAUCGUUCGGAUAUGUCUUCUUCCACCAAUUCAAUUUCAAUGACUCCAAUCAAAUAA